UUGCCGGGGCAACUGAGUGGUCGUCAGUUCCACAUCCAGGACUGCAGGCAGUGUGAGAUCUUUGUCCUGGACAACACCAGUUCCCUCACCAUCCAUGGCUGCACUGACUGCACCUUGGUUCUGGGGCCAUGUGGAGGCAGUGUGUUUGUGAAGCAGUGUGGGGGCUGUACGGUGGUAGUGGCAUGUCAGCAGUUCAGAGCCAGGGACUGCCGGAAGUGUACAGUCUACCUCCACUGCAAGAGCCAGCCGGUCAUUGAGUCCAGUCACAGGCUCAGGUUUAGCUGCUUCCAGGCCUACUAAACCCUCUCACUAAUAAUAAAAGAAGUCAGUCAAUAUAGCUAAUAUUAACAAAACUAAACUAACGGUAACUAAAGCGCAACAGUGUUGGUUUGGCUAGGAUAAACUGUGUCGGUAGUUUGUGAAAGUUUUUACCAUAAUUAUUAUAACUUUAACCCUCUCAAGAUGAAAAAGUAAAUUCACAGACUUAUAAGCACUUUCAAGUGAUCUACUAGCUAGUUCCCUACA